AUGACAACCCAAGGCAUCGUUUCCGUCUUUCAGACCUUCCUGGACGCACUAAACAACCAGAAGUGGGAGGAAGCCCACAAUCACCUCCAGCCGGUGCUGACAGCGACCUACAACGAAACCGCGGAAAGCAGAGACGAAUUCGUCAACCGCCUCACCGCAACCGUCGAGACGGGCGGCCAGCUCAGCGCGGACCAGUGGACCGUCGACGAGGCAGCACAGUCCCUCGGCGCCCGCCUCAUCACCACCACAAUCGACGCCGCCAAGGUCUGGGACAUUGUCCUCGUCUUCUUCGGAAGCGGCAAGAUUGCGCGCUGUUACCAGAUCGCGAACCCGCAGCCCGGACCGUUUGGGCCCGAAGUCGCCGCCAAGCCCUCCCAGAACCCGUUGUCAGCCGCCGCGAUCGAGGCGCUGUACCGGAAGUACAUCUACAGCUACAACGACGGCUCCAUGCCCACGGUCCUGCCGGCGCUGUGGGCCAAGGAGGUCGUGCUGCAUGGCGAACUGGUGCCGUCGCAGGCGGCCGUGGGCUUCCUCGGCAAGAUUCUGUUGCCCGUCGUCGCCGGUCUCAAGUACGAGGUCGACGAACUGGUCGUCGACGAGAAGAAGCAGCAGAUCGCCGUCAGGCUGUCCAUCUCGGGCGUGCCGCAGAACAAGAAUCUCCAGAAGAACGGCCCGGGCGGAGAGGUCACGGUCUACGAGCAAGCGUUAUACGGGUUCGAGGAGGGCAAGAUUGCUUGGGCGUGGGCUUCACAGGCGUUCGAUAUGACGCCUCCGUCGUCGUAG